AAGAACCAAAUGAUGACCACCAAUGUUUGGGUGAAACAGGAGUGGAACGAUUACAAACUCCGAUGGAAUCCAGAAGAAUACGACAACGUCACGUCCAUCCGCAUCCCGUCUGAGCUCAUCUGGAGGCCGGACAUCGUCCUCUACAAUAACGCUGAUGGAGAUUUUGCGGUGACCCAUUUGACCAAGGCCCACCUCUUCCACGAUGGCAGGAUUAAGUGGACACCCCCCGCCAUUUAUAAAAGCUCCUGCAGCAUAGAUGUCACUUUCUUCCCCUUUGACCAGCAGAACUGCACUAUGAAAUUUGGCUCCUGGACCUAUGAUAAAGCUAAGAUUGACCUGAUAAGCAUGGCCAGUAACGUGGACCAAAUGGACUACUGGGAGAGCGGAGAGUGGGUCAUCGUGAAUGCUGUGGGCACCUACAACAUCAAGAAGUAUGAGUGCUGCACAGAGAUCUACCCAGACAUCACUUACUCCUUCAUCAUCCGAAGGUUGCCUCUCUUCUACACCAUCAACCUCAUCAUUCCCUGUCUGCUCAUUUCCUGUCUGACUGUCCUGGUCUUCUACUUGCCCUCAGAGUGUGGCGAAAAGAUCACGCUCUGCAUCUCGGUCCUACUCUCCCUCACAGUCUUCCUCCUCCUCAUAACAGAGAUCAUCCCAUCUACUUCUCUGGUAAUCCCACUAAUCGGAGAAUACCUGCUCUUCACCAUGAUCUUCGUCACCCUCUCCAUCAUCAUCACCGUCUUCGUGCUUAACGUGCAUCACCGCUCUCCCCGCACACACACCAUGCCGCACUGGGUCCGAAGGGUCUUCCUGGACCUGGUACCACGAAUCCUCUUCAUGAAGCGCCCAUCCACUGUAAAACAAAACUGCAAGAAGCUCAUAGAGAUGAUGCACAGGAGACGUAACUCACCAGUCUACUGGCCCAGAAUGGAGUCCCCUCGACCGUCCCCUGACACAGUCCGUAACAACCCAGAUGUUCUGGCCACCUCAACGUCCUCAACCCUGGGUCUUCCCCUGGACAGUCACACUGUGCCCAGGACACCACUGCUAUGUGCAUCUCCCUCCAGCCAGUACUCAGUCCUCCUGGAGGAGCCUCCAAAAGUCCCCGUGCACCACCUCCCACUGGAGGUGCCCCCCAAGCUGCGUUCGCUGAGUGUCCAGUACCCCGGUGAUGAGCGGGAUCCCCCCCAGGGCUCCGCACUGUGCCGCUCCAGGAGCAUCCAAUACUGCUGCCUCAGGGAUGACUGCUCGCACAGCAAUGGCCGGGGCAGUUCCAGGCCCAGCCGGUCCACCUCCUUGAUGGAGACGUCCUGCAGCAUCCAGACCCUCUGCAGGUGCCAGGGACCGCUUGAAUUAUCCGUGCCAUCCACCAGGCCCGUCACAGAAACCGGGAUCAAGGAGCAACCGCUCCUGGUGAUGUCCCCAUCCAUGAAACUAGCCAUUGAGGGCAUUCAGUAUAUCGCAGACCACCUGAGAGCUGAGGAUGCAGACUUUUCUGUGAAAGAAGACUGGAAGUACGUGGCGAUGGUCAUAGACAGGAUAUUCCUGUGGAUGUUUAUAUUGGUAUGUGUUCUGGGAACAGUGGGACUUUUCCUGCCUCCUUGGUUGGCUGGGAUGAUUUAGAGCGAUAGAACAAUCCAGAACUACAGAAGAUGAAUUAAUCCCAGCAACUCUUCUGAAAGACAAACAUAUCAGACAUAAAUAGUUGUCUGUACUUGAUUGAAGUUUAGCUUUGCUUCGAUGUUACCUGUAAAUCCAACGUUUUUGCACAUUUUUACUCAUUCUGGUUAGUGCCCCGUCCUGCCAUGGAAACACAGCAUUCCUCUUGGCAUUUCAUUUCCCAAAAGGUAUUUUUCCAAUGAUUCCUGAAUGCUAUAAAUGGCACUUUUUUCCCUUAUGGUGAAAAAUGAUCACCUGAAACCAUAAUUUUAUUGCUUUUCUUAGAUGACUUGAUUUCAUAUAUAAUUGAGCAUUGGCAGCAUUUUAUCAGAAGUGUAAUUUCUUCCUUUUGGCUCUGUACAGAAAAAUAGCAAAAGAAAAACUAGCCUGGCUGUAUAUAUGAACAAAUUGGUUGGCUUUAGUUUAUUGUACUACUGAAAGUACAGUAUUUACAGCCAUGUCAUGUAAAAAGAAAUAAAAAAGGUUAGGAAAUAAAUGAAUGCCUCAUCAACAAACACAUUAUCACCAUAAUUAGAAUAGGCUAUUACACAUUUUAUCGCCUCAUAUACAUAUCAGAAUCCUGACAACCCAAUUAAACACAAACUAAUAAUUUCUGCAAUAUGCAUAAUAAGUAUUGUGACCCAAUGUACUGUGAGAUGUGUACAGAAGAGUUGCACAGACCUACAAUCAUUGCAUUCAUCUAUCCGUCUUUCUGUACACUGUACGCAGUGUUUUCCACACUGUGUAUCUAAUGCAGAGUCACUGUGGGCCUGUGCCGGGUAGCAUUGUGUUCCAGGCAGUCUAUACGUGAAAGUACAGACUGCCCACUGCCCAUCCCAGGAUUUAUUGCAUUCAUUUUCAUUCUCUUUACUGUCAAUUUACAAAGUGCAAUAAACAUCAAAUAAGCUACUUGUAUAGCCUG